GGUGACGCAGCUUACGGCAGUGACCAGUCGGCGGCCGGUGGGGUUGCGGGAGUUACAUAGCGAUUUUGCAAAUCCCAGUUGCAAUUUGAUUACUUUUCCUAUGGAUCAAUAAGUCGGGAAUAAAUGGAACUACCUCGUCUAACUGGAGCUUUGCGCUCCUUUUCAAAUGUCACCAGACAAGAUGAAUAUAUCGAGGAUUCUUCAGAAAUGAAUACAAAAAGAUUAAAGAGGAAUGAACACUUUUGCAAGACAGGGUUGACUUGGAAGAAUAUAAUUCACUUUGUUGAGAAUGUACCAAAGCACGAACGUCAGAUCAUUAACGAAGAUCUCAAAAAGGUUUUGAAGGCUGCUAGACAGUUUGUUGGUAGUGAACAGGAACAGGAGACUGCAGAAAGUGCUGCUGUUUUCCUCUUCAAAACUUUUCAUAACAAGGACCAUGUUGGGCAAGAAGAAACAAAAGCACUGAAACAAAUGUUUGGGCCAUUCCCUUCUUCAGCUGCCACUGCUGCUUGUAAUGCAGUGUAUCAAAUUGGCACAUAUUUUAGUGAAGAAGAACGGCACACAUUAAUUUCUGCAAAUAAACCUGCAAGCCACAAUCCUCAAGCACAGUUUGGUAAAAACAUUAAUUUUUCAUUUGAAUCAUUUAGUUUGGAAUAUAUAGAGGAAAUACCCUUGAACUGCAAGGAAAACAACCACAAGGAUUUCAGUCUAGACUAUAAUAAAUACUUAAAUAAUCAUCAGGAAGAUUUAAAAAAUGGAUUGAUUGAUGGUUCAGAUCUAAAAUCUUCAAACAAAGUGGAUGGUUCAUUUUUAAGGCAAGAAGUUAAUAGCUAUAUUGUUGGAACCUUGCAAGAGUCAGCAGAUCGACCAACUGCAGAUGACUUGUGUGGAACAUUGUUUGAGAUGCUGGCAUCCACUAAAAGUGAUGAUGAGCUUCAAAAUGAGUUGUUCGAACUUCUUGGACCUGAAGGAUUGGAACUAAUUGAGAGGCUUCUACAGCACAGAUGUACAAUCAUUCAAAAAGCACUUGCCCACCCUACAGAUUUCAAGCCCAGCUACCUUCAGGAUCCUUUAAAGAAAGGUUUUGUUGGAAAUUCACAACCCAUAUAUGGCUGUCAAGUCACUGUCCAUUCUGAACAAGAAAAGCAAUUAUUGAAACAAUGUCGUAAAGAAGAAAAACGACAAGCUAAAAGAGAAAAAAAAGAUGAAGGGGAAUUUUCAGGUGAUGGACCUCAAUGCUUUGAUCCAAAGGAAUUGCGAAUACAAAGGGAGAAUGCUCUACAGAAUGCACGAUUGGCACCAAUUCUUACAAGGCAAUAUAAUCAUGAACGAAUUCAUUAUCCACAUGUUUAUGAUUCAUAUGGUGAAGCAACACAGUCCUCAGCAUUUAUUGCUGGUGCCAAGAUGUUUCUUCCAGAAGGUAUUGAGCGUGAGAAUAACAAAGUCUAUGAACAAGUGGUUAUUCCUGCAACUCAGCCCAUGCCAAUUGGUAUUGAGGAGAAGCCAGUUGAAAUCAAGAAUUUGGAUGAGAUUGGUCAGAUGGCUUAAGGGAUGAAGCGACUGAACCGUAUCCAGUCAAUGGUUGAGACGGCUUACAACACCAAUGAGAAUAUGCUGAUCUGUGCCCCCACUGGGGCUGGGAAAACUAACAUUGCCAUGCUUACUGUUCUGCAUGAAAUCCGCCAGCAUAUUCAACAAGGAGUUAUCAGGAAGGAUGAGUUCAAGAUUGUAUAUGUAGCUCCAAUGAAGGCCUUAGCUGCUGAGAUGACAAAUUACUUCAGCAAGCGACUCGAGCCACUAGGUAUCUUGGUGAAGGAGCUUACUGGGGACAUGCAGUUGACCAAAGGAGAAAUUUUACGGACACAGAUGCUUGUAACGACACCUGAAAAGUGGGAUGUGGUAACGCGAAAAAGUGUUGGAGAUGUUGCAUUGUCUCAGAUUGUCAGACUGUUGAUUUUGGAUGAGGUUCACUUAUUACAUGAAGAUAGAGGACCAGUUCUGGAAAGCUUGGUGGCACGGACACUUCGACAGGUUGAAUCCACACAAAGUAUGAUCAGAAUUCUUGGUUUAUCAGCUACACUUCCCAAUUAUCUUGAUGUAGCAAAUUUUCUCCAUGUGAAUCCAUUUAUUGGGCUUUUUUUCUUUGACGGACGAUUUCGACCAGUGCCUCUAAGCCAGACUUUUAUUGGCGUGAAAGCAUCAAAUAAGAUGCAACAGCUGCAUGAUAUGGAAGAAGUAUGUUAUGAGAAGGUUCUGGCAAAACUGAAGGAAGGGCACCAGGUUAUGGUAUUUGUGCAUGCAAGAAAUUCAACUGUACGUACAGCCAUGGCCCUUCAAGAGAUGGCAAAAAACAGGGGUGAGAUCAUGUAUUUCGUACCAAACCAAAGUGCAGACUACGGUUCUGCUGAGAAGCAGAUUCAGAAAUCCCGAAACAAGCAGUUACGUGAGCUGUUUCCAGAUGGACUUGGCAUUCAUCAUGCAGGAAUGUUGCGCCAGGACAGGAAUUUGGUUGAAAAUUACUUUUCUCGUGGGCACAUAAAAGUGUUGGUUUGCACAGCUACAUUGGCCUGGGGUGUCAAUCUUCCAGCACAUGCUGUCAUCAUCAAGGGCACUCAAAUAUAUGAUGCAAAAAGGGGCUCUUUUGUUGACCUAGGAAUUUUAGAUGUGAUGCAGAUUUUCGGCAGAGCUGGACGGCCACAGUUUGACAAAUUUGGCGAGGGCACAAUCAUCACCACACAUGAUAAACUGAGUCAUUACUUAACGCUACUGACUCAACAGAACCCAAUUGAAAGCCAGUUUCUGGGUCGCUUAGCAGACAAUCUAAAUGCAGAGAUAGCUUUAGGAACAGUGACUAAUGUGGAAGAAGCAGUAAAAUGGCUGAGCUAUACUUAUUUAUAUGUGCGGGUUAGAGCAAACCCAAUAGCCUAUGGGAUCAAUUACAAAGCUUACCAGAUUGACCCUGGACUGGAAAAAUACAGGCGAGAGCUUGUCAUUGAGGCUGGCCAAAAAUUGGACAGAGCCAGGAUGGUCCGCUUUGAAGAGAGAACUGGCUAUUUUUCAAUAACAGAUCUUGGUAGAACUGCCAGUCAUUACUACAUUCAGUAUAAUACUAUUGAGACUUUCAAUGAAAUGCUCGAUGCUCACAAGACUGAGGCAGACAUAUUUGCUUUAAUAUCUAAAGCUGAAGAAUUUGAACAGAUCAAGGUAAGAGAUGAAGAGAUGGAGGAGCUCGAUCAGCUGCUGUGUAAUUACUGUGAGCUGUCUGUCGCAGGUGGAGUGGAGAAUGCCUAUGGAAAAGUGAACAUUCUUCUUCAAACCUAUAUUAGCCAUGGCGAGCUGGAUAGCUUUUCACUCAUUUCUGACUCUGCAUAUGUUGCUCAGAAUGCAGCUCGAAUUGUCCGGGCGCUAUUUGAAGUUUCUCUGAGAAGGAGAUGGCCUGCAAUGACAUACAAGCUGUUAAAUUUGUGCAAGAUAAUUGACAGGAGAUUAUGGGGAUGGUGCAAUCCGCUACGCCAGUUCUCAGUUUUGCCAGGUCAUGUACUCACAAAGCUGGAGGAAAAGAAACUCACAAUAGAUAAGAUGAAGGACAUGCGCAAGGAUGAAAUAGGCCACAUGCUGCAUCAUGUUAACAUUGGAUUAAAAGUGAAGCAAUGUGUUCAUGAAAUUCCUUCCAUAUCUAUGGAAGCAAGCAUUCAGCCCAUCACCCGAACUGUCCUUCGAGUUCGCCUGACUAUUAAUCCAGACUUCAAAUGGCAUGACCAGACUCAUGGAUCUGUAGGUGAGCCUUGGUGGAUUUGGGUGGAAGAUCCUGUGAAUGACCACAUAUACCAUUCAGAGUACUUCCUUCUCCAAAAGAAACAGGUUUUGUCUAAAGAACCGCAGCUGUUGGUAUUUACCAUUCCUAUUUUUGAGCCAUUGCCCUCUCAGUACUACAUCCGGGCUGUGUCUGAUCGGUGGCUGGGAGCAGAGGCCGUGUGCAUAAUUAAUUUUCAAUAUCUGAUUCUGCCAGAGAGACAUCCCCCUCACACUGAAUUGCUUGAUCUGCAGCCUUUGCCCAUCAAUGCUCUGGGAAAUCGGGAGUAUGAAGCUCUGUACAAGUUUACCCACUUCAACCCAAUUCAGACUCAAAUUUUUCACACUGUUUAUCACACUGACUGUAAUGUACUACUUGGAGCUCCAACGGGUUCAGGAAAGACGGUUGCUGCUGAGCUGGCAAUAUUUCGGGUUUUCAACAAAUACCCAACAUCAAAGGCUGUUUAUAUUGCUCCUCUCAAAGCACUUGUACGUGAACGAAUUGAGGAUUGGAAAAUCAGAAUUAUGGAAAAGCUGGGUAAAAAUGUAGUGGAAUUGACUGGGGACGUGACUCCAGAUAUGAAGGCGAUCAAAGAGGCAGACCUCAUUGUCACAACCCCUGAGAAAUGGGAUGGCAUCAGCAGAAGUUGGCAGAAUAGGAGUUAUGUCCAAAAAGUGGCGAUCCUCAUCAUAGAUGAGAUCCAUUUACUAGGUGAUGAAAGAGGUCCUGUGCUAGAAGUAAUUGUGUCCAGAACUAAUUUCAUCUCAUCUCACACUGAAAGCCCUGUCAGGAUAGUGGGACUAUCCACUGCACUGGCAAAUGCCAAGGAUUUGGCUGACUGGUUGGGUAUCCAACAGAACGGACUGUUUAACUUCAGACCUUCUGUGCGUCCAGUUCCUCUUGAAGUGCAUAUUCAUGGCUUCCCAGGCCAGCAUUACUGCCCUCGCAUGGCUACUAUGAACAAACCAACAUUCCAAGCUAUUCGGAGCCAUUCUCCAUCCAAACCUGUGUUGAUCUUUGUAUCAUCCAGACGUCAGACUCGCCUCACUGCUUUGGAUUUGAUAGCCUUUCUGGCAGCAGAGGAAGACCCCAAGCAGUGGCUACACAUGGAUGAGAGAGAGAUGAGUGAUAUAAUUGAGAUGGUGAGAGAUUCCAAUCUAAAACUGACUUUAGCCUUUGGUAUUGGACUACAUCAUGCUGGACUGCAUGAACGUGACCGGAAACAUGUGGAAGAACUCUUCGUUAAUUGCAAGAUCCAAGUUCUUAUUGCCACAAGUACUUUGGCUUGGGGAGUUAACUUCCCUGCUCAUCUCGUCAUUGUAAAAGGCACAGAGUAUUAUGAUGGAAAAACAAGACGUUACGUGGACUUUGCAAUUACAGAUGUUCUGCAGAUGAUGGGCCGUGCAGGUAGGCCACAGUUUGAUGACCAGGGAAAGGCUGUGAUAUUGGUCCAUGACAUUAAAAAAGAUUUCUACAAGAAGUUUCUGUAUGAACCCUUCCCUGUUGAAUCAAGUUUAUUGGAGGUCCUCUCUGAUCACAUGAAUGCUGAAAUUUCUGCUGGAACAAUCACAUCCAAACAAGAUGCCAUGGAUUACAUUACUUGGACUUAUUUUUUCCGACGCCUUAUCAUGAAUCCCAGUUAUUAUAAUUUGGAUGAUAUUAACCAUGAUAACAUGAACAAAUAUCUAUCCAACCUCGUGGAGAAGUCUCUUGCAGAUCUGGAAUGUUCCUAUUGUAUUUCAGUGGGGGAGGACAAUCGUAGCCUCCAGUCACUGGAUUUAGGACGUAUAGCCUCUUAUUAUUAUCUGAAACACCAAACAGUGAGAAUGUUCAAGAAUCAAAUGAAUGCAGAUUGCCGUAUGGAGGACUUGCUCUCAGUUCUGACGGAUGCUACAGAAUAUGCAGAUCUUCCAGUCCGACAUAAUGAAGACCAACUGAACAGUGAUCUGGCAAAGCGACUGCCUCUUGAAGUGAACCCACAUUCUUUUGACAGUGCACACACCAAAGCCCACCUGUUGCUGCAAGCACACUUUUGCCGAGCUGCCUUGCCAUGUCCUGAUUAUGCCACAGAUACAAAAUCCGUACUAGACCAGGCCAUUCGAAUCUGUCAGGCUAUGCUGGAUGUGGCAGCAAAUAAUGGCUGGCUCGUUACAGCACUGAACAUAAUCAACCUGAUUCAAAUGGUGAUUCAAGGCAGAUGGGUACAUGACUCCUCUCUGCUCACCCUGCCAAAUAUUGAGCAACAACACCUCUACCUCUUCAGGAAAUGGAAUGCGGGUAGAAAGAAAAGCAGCUCAAAAGGUUAUAAGGGUCCUGUUGAAUGUCUUCCUGAAUUGAUAGCUGCAUGUGAAUGGAGGGAGGAUAUAUUUCAUUCCAUUGUCGCUGAAGAACUAAAGCCUGCACAGAUUUCCCAGGCUUGGAAUUUCCUGUCCCAUCUUCCAGUCAUCGAAGUUAGUCUAAGUAUAAAGGGCUGGUGGGAAAAUGCCCCAGAGGGGAAAGAUGAAAAAUUGCUGCCGAAUGUAGCCACUGGCUUGCGAGAUGAGAAAAAUUGGACACAGUUGCAUGCGGAUCAGGAAUACGUACUACAAAUCCGUCUGCGCAGGAUAGGGCUGGUGUGCAACAAGGGAAAAUAUAACAGCAAAGCUGUUACACCACGUUUCACAAAGGCCAAAGACGAGGGCUGGAUUGUCAUUCUUGGGGAAAUAGACAAAAAGGAAUUGGUGGCUUUGAAACGAGUGGGAUAUGUUCGAAAUCAAAGCACCAUUUCUCUAGCCUUCUAUACACCCGAAGUCACUGGAAGGUACAUCUACACAUUCUAUCUGAUGAAUGAUAGCUACCUGGGGAUGGACCAGCAGUAUGACAUUUAUUUGGACGUGAUACCAGCAAGCAUUGCUGCUCAGGUCAACUCGGAAGCUCUGAUGCCAUGAGUGACCUGGCUGUGGCCUGACAUGACAGGUUUAGUGCUGAAAAACCCAGGAGCAGUGAUCUUGCAGUACAGAUUGUGCUGGUGUGCUGGAGCAGCACUGAAAUUACUUGAUAUUUGCCUUAGUAGAUGCAACUUCUAACCUCAGAUUCAAAGGAAAUUACAAAUGGCUGCUGAAGUGACUUCCAGCAUGAAUCUUCUGCACAGCUUGGUGGCCUUAUGUAAGUUUGCAUUUUAGAUUACUGCUAAACCCAGAUAAUUUGAGUCUCUUUAUAUAGUUCACCUAUGCACCAGGCGAAUAGCUGAAAGCUAUCCAUUAAGAGUCACAACUUCCUUCAAUAUUACUUUAUAAUGGUUAUGUAUGUUUUGUAGAAGUCAUUGGCACUUUUUUAUGAGAAUCUUAUUUUUAAUUAAAAUAGCAUUCAUUCAAUGAAUACAAAUUUGCCUCAAUAGCUGGUAUUGGUCAACGUGAUUACCUAAAUGAAAAAGAAACCAACCUACUUCCUUCUUCAUAACUAAUAAAGCAUGGACUUGAUAUAGUUCCUGUAACUGAUACUGGAGUAUUUAAAAUAUUAUUCUGUAUAGUGUAAAUUAUUUUGAAUGAAGCCAUCAAAUUCACCAGGAAUAUCAGCAAGGCAAAAUGGAAGCCUGUACAAUCAGCAUAAUUUUUUUUAUGAAUUAAAAGUAUAUUUACAAAAAACUAUCUGUAUGUUGAGAAAGAAUAUAAGGUAAUUUAAAGGCAAGUUGUGAUUGAAAAUUCAUUCCCAUAUCGACUGAGUGCAGAGGGUAUUCAUUUCCAUGGUAACAUGAAGACUAAACUUGACACAUUCAUAACCAUGAGGUCAGGUUAAACCUAGUAACCUUUCUUUGCAGUGAGAGCUGCAACACUUCAUUUGUCAAUAUUAAUUUAGUUGUAUCUGUAAAAAUUAAGUUGUGGCAAAAAUACUUACUAGCACAAGAAAAAUUUGAUAGUUACUACCAAAAGGAAAACUGGCAUUCAAUAUGAAUUUACAAUGCUGCUUGCAAAUGUACAAAACCAUUAAACUUUAUUGCA